AUGGCUCUGCGUCGAAUUCAGAAGGAGCUUCGGGACCUUGAGCGGGACCCGCCGGCAAACACCAGCGGUGGCCCUGUCAACGAGAACGACCUCUUCAACUGGAAGGCGACUAUUAUAGGCCCGGAGGACUCGCCCUACGCCGGUGGUCUCUUCUUCCUGAACAUCCACUUCCCUUCCGACUAUCCGUUCAAGCCGCCCAAGCUGCAGUUCACGACGAAGAUAUAUCACCCGAACAUCAACAACAACGGCGGUAUCUGCCUGGACAUAUUGAAGGAACAGUGGUCUCCUGCCCUCACCAUCUCAAAGGUGCUUCUCUCCGUCUGCUCGCUCCUGACGGACCCCAACCCAGACGACCCGCUCGUCCCGGACAUCGCGCGGCAGUACAAGUCGGACCGCAAUGCAUUUAACAAAACGGCGAUGGAGUGGACGCGGCAGUACGCCAUGUGA